UUCAGCUGGAGAGAGGAGACGAAACACACGAGGUGAGAAGACGAUUGAGGGACAAAAUGUGUAAAGACAGACAGGUGAUCAGAGAGCUGAACGUGUGAGAUCAUCAUGUCCAUCAGUGUGACUCUGAGGAGGAUCUCCAACCUGCCGGGACGCUCUGACAGAAAAGUCGAGCUCAGUUUCAGAGGAUUCACUCAUAAAACCCGAGUCCUGCAGUGUGAGAACAUUGCCAUCUUCAACGAGCAUUUCCGUUGGCCUCACUAUGGUAAAGUGAUCAAAGAUGAAGUUUUUUCCGUCAGUGUUUACAACAGCAGUAAAGUCUUCUCCAACAGACUGCUUGGUAAACUUGUGGUCAGUCUCCAGCAUGUUGUUACCUCUGGGAAGCUGUUGCUACGGGAACAACUCACCGAUGCCAACUACGGCCUGACUGACAUCUACAUAGAGCUGGAUAUUCAUUAUCAUCCAGUUGAAGGAUCUGUAGGAAACUGGCAAGGACUCGACUUCCUCCAGACUGAAGACGACGAAGACGAUUCAGAUCUGGUCAUCAGGAAUGAUGGAUUUGAUGACCCUGAGAGUCAGAGGACUACCACUCGCCCAAAUGUGCUGGACAGAGAGGCUCGUCGUCUCGGUCAAAGUCUGCUCAUGUCUGGGGAGGAUGACGACGACGACUACGAUGAUUACGAUGAAGACCUGGAGGCUUCCAACAUCACCCUCACACCUCUGCUGAGUCGCUGCAGGCCUCUGUCAAGAAGUGUUGCCAUAGGGACACCUAAAAUCCAGAGCUUUCAGGUGAAUGUUAACAUCCUGGAGGCCCAGAGGCUGGUUGGUGUGAACAUCAAUCCUGCAGUUUUUAUCAGACUGGGCGAUCAGAAGAGACACACAGCAACACAGAAGUCCACCAACUGCCCCUUCUACAAUGAGAACUUCCAGUUUGAGUUCCAGGAGGCUCCACAGCUCCUCUUUGAUAAAGUCAUAGAGAUCAAGGUGUUCCACAGGCGGACUCUGGCUUUCCUGAUGACCCACAUUGGAACAUUUAAGAUUGACAUCUCCACUGUUUACAACCAGCCAGACCACCGCUUCUACCAGAAGUGGGCUCCCCUCACUGACCCGGCUGACACCAGGUCAGGGAUCAAGGGUUACGUUAAAGCUAGUCUCAGUAUUCUGAUGAAGGGAGACACAAUGAACAUGCCGAGUGUGCUACCGAGCUCAGCGUCCGGAGUCAGUGACGACAUAGAAAGGAACCUUUUGCUUCCUCGAGGCAUGGCCUCUGAGCGUCCGUGGGCACGUUUCCGCAUCCGCAUCUACAGGGCAGAGGGUCUGCCCACCAUGGAUGCCGGUCUCAUGGCUAAGAUGUCAAAGGUCACUGACAGGACAGUCUUCAUUGACCCUUAUGUACAAGUGACCUUUGCAGGACAACAGGGUGAAACAUCAGUCGCCAGCGCCACCAGCUGUCCAGAUUGGAAUGAGGAGAUCAACUUUAUUGAGCAGUUUCCUCCUCUUGCUCAAAGAAUCAGAGUCCAGAUCCUUGAUGACGCCAAGAUGGGAGACAUUGCCCUGGCAACACACUUCCUAGACCUGCUGCAGAUUUCUGACCCCACCAGGAAUGGGUUUAACCCCACUUUUGGUCCAGGUUGGGUCAACCUGUAUGGUUCUCCGCAGAACUCCACCCUCGGAGAUGUCCACCAGGCUUUGAACCAGGGUCUGGGUAAAGGAAUAUUUUAUCGUGGUCGAAUCCUCCUCGCUCUUUCCGUGGAGGUUUACUCCUCACCAUCUGCUGCCAUGGGAGAUACAGCCUUACUUAAUCUGGGAAAGCUGAAAGGGACACUUGGAAAGCUGGGACUGAGGAAGAAGAGGAGCAGCAAGAAGAAAGAUAAGAAUGAAGCAUCGAUGUCUGCCGGUGGUUUGGCGGGUGACUCAGGGGAAGCAGGAGUUGAGGUACCAGAAGUUAUUACCGUGGAGACUGAGACGAUCCACCCUCUGCCUCAGGGUUUUCUGGGGGACAUUGAAGAGUUCCUGCUGUUUGCAUCUUUGUUUGAAAUCACAAUGAUAGACCCAUCUGUGGGAACGAGACCACUGACCUUUGAACUCUCAAUAGGGAAUUAUGGUAAAAUGGUAAGGGUUGGUAAAUCAAAGAAGAGCCAAAGCAGGGAGGACCUUCAACGGAGCAGGGAGGAGCUGAGGAGUAGCAGGGAAUCUCUGUAUGAGGAUGAGCAGAGUCUCCUGGAGUCAGAGGACGAGCUGGACAGAGAGGAUGUGCUGAGUCUCGAACCUGAGAUCAGAUCAGUGUCUGAUGCUAUGAGACCGCAGCCCACUGAGUACGACAGGUCAUUCCAGUGUAUUCCCCUCCAGCCCCCCUCCAUUAAACAGAAGCCCUGUCUGUUUGUCUGGACUCAGUUUGAGGAUCACAGUUUUCGUCUCUAUCAGGCAAACUGGCUCAGCAAGACGGCAGACAGACUGGAGAUUGGUCUCAAUGAGGUAGAGCGACUCCUGAGAAGACCGAGGAGUAAAGCAAAGGAGCGCCUGGUGGAGGUGCUGCUGGAGCUAGUGGUCUCCUGCAAGCAGUUUAAUGUGUUUGGUGCUAGAAAGUCUCAGUCUCGUCCCAACCACCUCGACAGAUGCAGGAAGGAAUUCAUCAAGAAGAACUUAGUCCUGUUGGCCAGACAGGCAGUGAGAGCCAGACGGAGGUUAACUAGAAAGAACACCAAUCAGCGUUUGAUGGAUAGCAGAAAACUCCUGAAGAAACUCCGCUUUCUGACAAGAGAGCCCCAGAAUACCAUCCCAGAUGUGUUUCUGUGGUUACUGAAUAAAAGCAAGCGAUUGGCCUAUGUCAGGAUCCCUGCCCACUCCAUCUUUUUCUCACUGGUGGAGGAGAAGAGGGGGAAGGACUGUGGUCGAGUCACGACCUACUACAUGAAGUCUCCAGGAAGUUCGGCAAGUGAGAUCUUUGCAAAGCUAGAGGUCUACAUGUGGCUCGGUUCUGCCAAGUACAGUAAAGAGGCCACCAACUCUUUGCCGGAGGAGUUCCUGCCUGUGUAUGCAGAGGAGGAAGAAGAGGAGCAAAAUCUAUCUCUGGAGGGGAGGAGGAAGCUUCCUGUUAGUCUGUCCUGUCAGGACAGCAGGUACUUCCAGUUACGAUGUCACCUGUACCAGGCACGUGGCCUGAUGGCAGCUGACAGCAAUGGCCUGUCUGAUCCCUUCGCCAAGGUCCUUUUCUCUACCCAGUGUCAGGUCUCCAGGAUGCUGACGGACACACUCUCUCCAGCCUGGUGUGAGUGUCUGUUGUUCGACAGAGUCCUGCUGGAAGGAACGAGAGAGGAACUGGAACGAGAUCCACCUCUCAUCAUUAUCAACAUCUAUGACUAUGACUCAAUGGGAAGUCCGAAGCCACUGGGCCGAGCGUAUGCAGAGCCUGAGUUCAAAGCUGUGGAGCAAUUUUACCGAAGACCCUCCCUCCGCUUCUUUGACAUCAGCAAAGGCAGGGCCCCUGCCGGAGAACUGUUGGCUGCCUUCGAACUCAUCGAGCUGGACUACUCUGGGUUUGGAGAGCCCUGUCUCCCCAGCAGUGUGGAGCCUCAGGAGCUGUCCUACAUGGAGGAUCAGAAAUGUUACAUCAUCCCAGCAGGAGUCCGACCUGUUCUGAAGACCUUCAGGAUCGAGGUUUUGUUCUGGGGUCUGCGCGAGCUGAAGAGGGUGCAGCUGUUUGAGGUGGAGCGCCCUCUGGUGAGGGUGGAAUGUGCAGGACGUCAGCUGGAGUCCGAAGAGAUCGACAGCUACAAAGCUCAUCCCAACUUUAAAGAGCUGGUCCGCUACAUUGACGUGGAACUGCCAGAGCAGUCCUACCUCCACCCUCCCCUCACUGUGUUUGUGGUUGAACAUCGAGCCUUUGGUCGCCUCGCUCUUGUUGGGUCUCAUGUGGUCCAGAGUCUUAUGGAAUAUGCCCCACCUGAGCUGGGCGGGGGAGCAGAGGAGGAAGAUGAGGAACCUAAGCGAAAAGUUUCUUUAGCAAAACAGGACUCGGGGAAGAGGAAAAGCACUCUCACAUCAUUGAGGAAAAUGGGAUUAAGCACCCUGUCAUUCAAACAGUCAAGGAUUCCCUUCAACCCCAUGACGCUGUUUCAUGGGAAAAAAAUGAAUAAGAAGGGGGAGGGGCUGGAGGAGGAGCUGCCAGAGAAGGAGGAGUUGGACUGGUGGUCGAAAUACUACGCUUCCCUGAAUGAGCUGGAGAGAGAGGCUGCUAAGCAAGAAGAGACGGAGGAACAAGCAGAUGCAGAUGCAGUGAAUCUGUCAAUGGAAAACUUCGAUGACGAAGAGGAGGACGAAGUGGUGGUGGUUGAGAUUGAACCUCCAAAACGCAAGGCAAUUGCUACACUGAAGCUGUACAGUGGUGAUUUGGAGUCAGAGUUCAGUCAGUUUCAAGACUGGCUGCAAAUCUUCCCGCUGUACAAAGGCAAAGCAAGUGGUGAAGACGAGGACGAAGAUGAAGGGGAAAGGAUGAUGGGGAAAUACAAGGGAUCCUUCCUGGUUUAUCCGAUUGAUGCAGAAGAUGGAGAAAACACUCACUGUCAGAUCACAGAUGGAAUCCCCAAAAAUUCCCCAAUUAAAGUCUUAGUUCGGGUUUACAUUGUUAAGGCUAACAGUCUGGCUCCCACAGACCCGAAUGGCAAAGCUGACCCCUACCUUGUCCUCAAAGUCGGACAGCAGUGUCUCGACACCAAGGAUCGAUACAUCCCCAAACAGCUCAACCCCGUGUUUGGAGAGGUCUUUGAGUUCAACGUAUCUUUCCCAUUAGAGACGGAGCUGGCGAUCAUGGUGAUGGACCAUGAUCUUGUGGGCUCUGAUGACGUCAUUGGUGAAACAAGGGUUGACCUUGAGAACCGAUUCUACAGCAAACAUAGAGCUUGCUGUGGUCUGGCUCUCUACUAUGACACUGAUGGUUACAAUAUGUGGCAUGAUGCCAAGAAGCCGUCCACCAUCUUAACUGAGCUCUGUAGGGAAAACAGCAUCCCACCUCCAGAGUACAGGACACAUGAGGUCAAAAUCCUCAACAAGAUCUUCAAAAUCCCACCUGAUGCAGUACCUGAAGUUCUGUUAAAGAAGAACGAGCUCUCUCCAGAAGAGGAAGAAGAGAUAGAGGAACAUGCAGCCCUGAGUGUGUUGCAGCGCUGGGGAGAAAUGAAAGAGUUCCUCCCCGGUGCCUUCUCUCUGGUUCCAGAGCACGUGGAGAUCCGGUCCCUGCAGAACCAGGACAAACCUGGACUGCCACAGGGUUUCCUUCACAUGUGGGUGGACAUGUUUCCUACUGAUGUUCCUGCCCCGCCCCCCAUUGACAUCAAGCCCCGACAACCUGAAAGGUACGAGCUGCGGGUAAUCAUCUGGAACACAGACGAUGUGUUUCUUGAAGACAUCAACCCGUUCACGGGUGACCCCUCCUCCGACAUCUACAUGAAAGGAUGGAUAAAGGGACUCGACGGACAGAAACAGGAGACUGAUGUUCACUUUAACUCUCUGACUGGAGAAGGAAACUUCAACUGGAGAUUUGUGUUCCGCUUCGAUUAUCUUCCUACUGAGAAAGAGGUGGUUUAUAAGAAGAAGGAGUCCUUCUUUUCUCUGGAGCAGUCAGAGUUUCGACAGCCUGCUGUUCUGACACUGCAGGUGUGGGACUAUGAUCGCAUUUCAGCCAACGACUUCCUGGGCUCCAUUGAGCUGCGUCUCGGCGACAUGGUGCGACCGGCAAAGUCGUCCGCUCAGUGUACGAUUGAAAUGGCAAAGGAUCGGGCAAACCCCCGAUUCUCCAUCUUUCGCGCCAAGAAGAUGAAGGGCUGGUGGCCACUGACCCGCCUGAAGACGGCCGAGGACUUCGAGAAGGAGGAGAAGGAGAAGCAGGCCAAGAAAAAGAAAGGCAAGAAGAGCAAGGACAGGAGAAGCAAGAUGAAGAAGGAGCAACUCCAGUACACUGACAGCAAUGGCAACACUUUCCUGUUAAUGGGAAAGGUGGAAGCUGAACUUCAGCUUGUGACACUGGAGCAAGGGGAGGCCAACCCUGUGGGGCGGGGCCGCAAAGAGCCCGAGCCUCUGGACAAACCAAAUCGUCCUACCACUAGCUUCAACUGGUUCGUCAACCCAAUGAAGACGUUCAUCUUCCUCAUCUGGAAGAAGUUCAAGAAGUUCAUCAUUGCUCUGCUUAUUCUUGCCGUCCUCUCGAUCUUCUUGGCCCUCAUCAUCUACACUCUCCCUCAGCAAAUCUCUGCGCUCAUCAUCAAUGGAUGAAGUGACCUGAACCCAGCAGAUGCAAUAUACAACUCUGUGAUGUCAAUGUGUAACCUGUGUAGUGGGAGAAAUACGGUGACUGGUGAGUGCAAAACAAAAAUAACAAGGGGUGAAACUGUUUUACAAACAGCUAGAGACACAUUUAAGAAAGGGCUGAUGGAAAACUGGGAACUGGGAACUCCGAUCUGGUAAUAAUGUCACCCCCGGGUUCACCACGCACGUAAGUUGAGAAGUCAGAAAAAAAACAUAUACUAUGAAACGUAUCAGGGUUGGUGAGGUUGCUCGUUGAAGCCACGGAAAUUCCGAAUACAGACUACAAAUGGAACGUACCAUCAGCAGAUGUGGAAAGAGUACUGAAAUAUUCUACUCAGAUCAGAUUUUACUUAAGUACAAGUAAAAGUACUGGUCUAAAUAUAUACUCAAGUUAAAGUAAGAAAGUAGCUUGUUUAAACGUUACUUAGGGGAUACACAUGUCACAUGAAUUGUUUUUAAUUAAAGGCAAACCUUUACAUAUUAAAGUGCUAAAUACAUAUUGUAUCAGUCUAAAUGGGUCAAAGGUCACAAAUGCUUCAACUUUCUCACCAUAAUCAGCGCCAAUUCACCUGUUUCUGAUGUGUGAAUUUUUUAUUUUUUUUUUAAAUUUAAACUCAGGCCAACAUUUUUUUACUCAGUAACAGAUGUGAUUUAAAACAUAGCGAGGUACAGUACUUCCAAAUGUAUUUAUUUUUUUUCAUGAAUGUAAUUAAGCUGUGUUUCACACUUUAGCAGUUUUGUGUUGCACUUAUCAGCCACCAAAUAAUCCAGGAUCUGUGUUACUUUCAGAUUCAUUCAUGAGCAGAAAAAUAAAUCACUGGACACCUACAAAUUCAGGCUUAACUAAUAAGCAUAUCAUAUAUAAUAAUGUGAUUGAAAUGUUAUUCGACUGUAAAACUGUGUAGUUAUAUUGGUCACAUGAUGUGAUAGAUCAGCACUUUUGUGUACUAUUGUGUACAAGUUUAAUUGUCUCGAUGAAGUUGUUUUUACAUUGAAAGCCAGUAAGUUUAAGAAAAAAUAAAGAAGUAUAUUUUGCACUUAUAAGUGGAAGAAAAUAAUGAUGAUGUACUAGUUUCAGAUUGAUCGAUCUGAAUGUUUCAAUGUCUGUGUGAGUAAAUAAAAAUGUUUUUUUCAGCAGUA